GAUUAGAAGCAUAAAAUAAAAUAGAAAACUAGAAAAAUCAUAAACUCAGCGUUUGUUAUCUUCCGUUGAAAGAAGAGAAGAGAAGAGAAGAGGCAAUGAGAACGACGAUGAGGCUGAGGUCGUCGACGCUGGUGUGGGUCGUGUUGUUGACGAUAUCGACCUUCGCUCAACAGCACAAUGGCCUCGUCCCGUCUCGGACUUUGCUCAACCAAUUGUCCGGAAGCGCCAAUUACUUGACCAUGGAGGAGCUCUGGUUCCAACAGACUCUCGAUCACUUCUCUCCCUACGAUCACCGCCGGUUUCAGCAGCGAUACUAUGAAUUCUUUGACUACUUUCGGCUUCCAGAUGGACCGAUUUUCCUGAAAAUUUGUGGUGAAUCUUCAUGCAAUGGGAUAGCCAAUGACUAUAUUAGCGUAUUAGCAAAGAAGUUUGGAGCAGCAGUUGUUUCUCUUGAGCAUCGUUACUAUGGGAAAAGUUCACCCUUCAAUUCGCUGAAGACAGAAAAUUUGAGGUAUCUGUCAUCUAAGCAGGCGCUCUAUGAUUUGGCUGUUUUUCGUCAGUAUUAUCAGAAAUCUUUGGAUUUAAAGCUCAAUAGAUCAAAUGUUGAAAAUCCAUGGUUCGUUUUCGGUAUCUCGUACUCGGGAGCGCUUAGUGCAUGGUUCCGUCUUAAGUUCCCUCAUUUAACAUGUGGAAGCCUUGCAAGUUCUGCUGUUGUUCAUGCAGUUUAUAACUUCACUGAAUUUGACCGGCAGAUUGGUGAGUCAGCUGGUCCAGAAUGUAAAGCUGCAUUACAAGAAACCAAUCAACUUGUUGAACAAAGACUUGCAACAGAUCAGAAAGCGGUGAAGACAUUGUUUGGUGCUGCUGAGCUCGUCAUUGAUGGUGAUUUCCUGUAUUUUCUGGCAGAUGCUGCUGUUACAGCGUUUCAAUAUGGAAAUCCAGAUAAACUAUGCUCCCCUCUUGUUCAAGCAAAGAAGGCUGGAGACGAUUUGGUGGAAGCAUAUGCCAAAUAUGUGAAAGAGUAUUAUCUUGGAAGUUUUGGUGUUAAAGUUCAAACAUAUGAUCAGAAACACUUGAAAAACACUGCUAUUACUGAAGACAGCGCUGACCGAUUGUGGUGGUUCCAAGUUUGUACUGAAGUUGCAUAUUUUCAGGUGGCGCCAUUAAACGAUAGCAUUCGCUCCAGCAAGGUUGACACAAGAUACCAUCUGGACCUUUGCAAAAAUGUCUUUGGAGAUGGCAUCUAUCCUGAUGUUGCUGGAACAAAUAUUUACUAUGGCGGCACCAAAAUUGCGGGUUCAAAGAUUGUUUUUACAAAUGGCUCACAGGAUCCCUGGCGUCACGCAUCUAAACAGAUUUCAUCAACCGAUAUGCCUUCCUACAUCAUUUCUUGUUACAAUUGUGGCCAUGGAACUGACAUGCGAGGAUGUCCUCAAGCUCCUUUAAGCAUUGAAGGGAAUGCCGAGAACUGCAGCUCUCCUGAUGCGGUUCACAAAGUAAGGCAAGAGAUUGUAGAGCAAAUAGACUUGUGGCUGUCGCAGUGCCAAGACUCAGCUAGGAGACUUUCCAUGUGAGGUUUGAGGAACAUACAUGUAUUACAUGAUUGUUUAACUAGCCUUAAUCCUUGUAUUACCGUCUGAACAGAUGAUUAUAUGCAAAUUUGUCGCGACAUUACGUCUGAAUAAAUGUUUAUAUGCAAAUCUGGUGCAGAUAUUGCCAGGCUGCCCUCUUUAUGUA